GAUUUUGGUAAUACUCAAAGCCGUUUCUUAACCAUCACGGCUGUUAAAUCUCAAGAUGGCUCCCGUAGAAAGUGCAGAAGAUACGCAUGCGAAUAAACGAAAACGAGAGACCGAUGAGCAUGGCAAACGGAAACGAGCAAGACGCCAUCGCCGCACCUCUAAAGCCGCCCCAACCAACGGCAAGCUAUCGAAAGACGCAACGACCAGCAAAGUCAAUGGAGUCAAUGGCUCAACUACACCAUCAGGGGACUUAGAUAGCUCGAAUAAUUCUAAUACAAAAGCCAACAACGACAACGCCUCUAUCGCAAACCAGGAAACACAACAGCUUCAGGUCGAAGCAGAAGAGAAUGGACAAGCUAGUGAAGACCAAUUGUCGACAUGGAAGGUUUCAAAGCCCAUGGGAGGAAGAAUGUUGAACAUUGACCCUAUAUUGACCCAAGAUGAGAAGUACUUGAUAAUCGCAUACAACACCUCUAUCCAAGUAUACUCCGCAGCAGAAUCCCUUCUAGUACGCAAAAUUCCACUGCUACAGCUAGAUGCCGAAAACGUCGAACAACAGAUUGUUUCCAUUUGCCUGUCCCCCAGCUCACCCAAUAUCGUAUGGGUCGCCUCGUCUGCUGGUCAUCUAUGGUCGAUCAACUGGACAAAUGGUGAUGGGGCCGAGUUUGCAUCUAAAGUAAAAUGUCGUCUUUUAUGCGAUAUGUCAAUCGAACCCCUUAAAAUCGGCUCCAAAUUCAGAGAUGUGCCAUUCGUUUCCGUCGAAAAACAUGGUACCUGGCAAAUCAUUGCUUGUGAUAUUCAAGGGUACAAGAUGAGCGCACAUAAAACUCUCUUAAACCAGGUGGAGCCGAUUUUGGAUUUACGAUCCAUCCGAAAUGGGUAUGCGUUGAUAGCGUCAUCAGAGCGGAAUGUCUUAUUUGGCAGGCAAACUGCCCCGGCAGUUCAUGUUGUGAGCGAAUUAGAAUACGAAUUCUUCACUCUCAACGGUAGUGACGAGAUCACAUCCUUAGAUGUGAGGGUGACAGACCGUGUGCACCUUAACCAAAAGAGUCAGGCAGAAGCAGGCGAUGCACCUGUCGUGGAAAUCGUUGUUGGCUGUGCUCGCGGAGCUGUGUUUUUCUAUAACGACCUCAUACCUCAAUUAUACCGCCUGCACAGCUCAAAGGGCCACAGAAAUUCUCUCCAACCCCGCAAAUAUCAUUGGCACCGCAAGGCAGUCCAUGCCGUCAAGUGGUCACGAGAUGGUAAUUAUAUCAUCUCCGGAGGAUCUGAGUCGACGUUGGUCCUUUGGCAAUUAGAUACACACAAAAUGGACUUCCUACCUCACCUCUCAGCGACAAUCGAGAAUAUUGUUGUUUCAGAACGUGGUUCCGCCUACGUCGUUCAUUUGGACGACAACUCGGUUAUCAUUUUGUCAACAGCAGAAAUGAAACCUUCGACUUAUAUAUCCGGGAUCCAGACCCUCACCUAUCCUCAACCAUUGUCAAAAGAUGAUAUAGUCCGGAGAGUUGGACAAAAUUCCCAGGUUCGGUUGUUGAAGACACCCGCAGCUAUCAACCCAGCAGACUCUUCGCGAAUUCAUUUUUGUGUAGGGAACGGACAGCAGAUCAGCCAAUCUCGAAGUGGUCCAUCAAUUCCUUUGAUACAGACGAUCGACCUCACUACUUUACAGGGCGUCUCAAAACAGGCUCUAACAAGAACGAACCCGACGGAUAACAACAUGACAGCCAAGGGCUACGCAAUAACAGAACCCCGUAUCACCGGUAUGACAUAUUCAGCAGAUGGCAAAUGGCUUGCCACGACGGACGAAUGGCAGCCGCCUACGCGAGAUGUUGAUUCUCUUGAAGGUUCACCCGCCGAGAGACGCGAAGUAUUUCUGAAAUUCUGGGCCGUUUCCCCAGAAGAUCAGAACCUAGAGCUUGUAUCUCGCAUUAAUGCGCCGCAUUAUACGGGUCGAAGUGAGCCUAUUUAUGGUUUAGCUGCCGACCCGAAUGUACACCGUUUUGCAAGUAUUGGAGAAGAUGGAGUUGUCCGACUUUGGGAACCGACAGUCAGACAACGAGACGGAGUAUUGGUCAAGGGUAAAAUGGAUCGCCAACUAUACAGCUGGGCAUGUUCCCGGGCCAUAUACCUCCAAGAAAACGAGGAGCCUCUCAAUUCGGAUGCGAUAGCCGUGCAAGCUUUUCUACGAGGCUCAGGCGCAGUCACUUUCUCCGAAGAUGGAUCUACCCUAGUCUGCGCCAUCGGAACCAUCCAUAGCUCGGCUGUUCAUGUUAUCGACACAGAGUCUGGCAAAAUUCGAAAUUCAAUCGAUGGUUUAAUAACAGGGGAUGUUCGGGAUAUUAAGAUUAUAUCCUCGACUAUGGUUGUGCUUUCCGAUCGUUUAAUGGUUUACGAUUUGGUUUCGGACGAGUUACUCUACGGAGUUCAACUAAGGACAAGCGAAGAUCCCCACAAUCUAGGUGCAUCUAUCCUGACGCACAUGGCGGUCGACUAUCGGACUUCGACUUUUGCGGUGGCUGUUUCGCGGGGCAAGCUAAAUUCACAAUACGUUAACUCCGAACUUGCCAUAUUCAAGCCAGACCAAAGCGAGCCAGAAUUAGUGCGCCAAUUUCCACACCCAAUAGUAUCAGUCGUUGCCGCAGUUGGAUAUAGUGGAUACCUUGUCUUAGAUUCCGCCGCCCAACUAUGGUCCGUUAGCGAAGGCAUGGAUGUCAAAUCCCUUGCCUUUGCUCAACCGCUCGUUGACCUCAAUCUCGACCAAGUACACACCGAAGAGCUUCCAGAGGACGGAACUACUUUCGCGUUGCUUGCUGGAGAUGAUGAUGAGAUAGCGAGUGGGGACGAAAUGGACGUCGAUAUACCAGAAGAUGCAGCUGACGAAGCCUCUCCUGUUGUCAUUGCGCCACAGAGACUUGCGGAGUUAUUUGAUACCGCGCCUGCGUUCGCCAUGCCGCCCAUCGAGGAUAUGUUCUAUCAAGUCACGAAACUAUUCUCGGCGAACUCCGCUGUCCCGGCGUGAAUGUCCUACUUUAUAAAUAAUACCAACGACUCGCACAUACUAACAAGAUAUCCCAUGCUCGUACCAUCGCUUCAUUGUGGUGGUACUAUAAAGGAGGAGCUCGGUGUCUAAUCAUGGAUGAGAGCUAACAUUAUGCGAAAAGCUCUUAGGGGGGAUAACUCGAGUUUAUGAAGAGGACUGAGGAAGCCGACGACCCUGAAGCAUAGGAAGAAAUGCGGAGAUACCCACAGGACAUUUAGGAGUUCAAGCAAGGUUUUGCGCCAGAAUAAACCUACCUACCUAGGUAUAUAUCAUCUUGGGAUUUCGAGCUCAUGUGAUCAAUCGAAGAGGCACUCGUUGUAUAAAAGUGAUUCAUAACAGCGGGCAUAAGAGAUUCGGCGCAAAGUUUUCAUGGACAAUAAGGCACUGCUGAAAAGGGUAACUACUAUGAUUCUAUAUUAGCGAUCAUAGGAGAAAUUAUGUGAAUAUAAAAGUUAUUUCAAGUAC